AUGGAAGGAGAAAGCAAGGAAGAUAUGAAACAGAAGAGCCUUUUUAUAAAGCUUGAAAAUGUCAAAGACAGGCUUGUUUAUGCCGGCUUGCUAGGAGAAUCUUUCUUACAAGAGAAAGCUGCCGUAGAAAAUGAAAUAAAGCAGGCUCAAAAAUCUGUGAAAGAAAAUUAUUCAGAUCACGACCACGAAAAGGUGCUUGAAAUACGAACUCAAUUACAAGAGCUUGAGAACAGUUUAGUAGUUGAAGAGGCGAAACUAGUACAAUUACUAAACUCAAAGUCAUACGGUAUAUCCUCUUCAAAGUUAAACAACGAUAAAGUGAUCCAAAACGCGUUCCCCUAUGACCAACCUACGCGUGCUGAAACAAAUACACAGUAUGCUGCUACUAUCGGGCAAAAUAUUCUUCAGCAGCUUAAAACCCUUCACUUCCGUUUCAAAGAAAAAGAUAUUGAGUUUCAAAAAGUUUUGAAAGAAAAUGGUGAAUUACUAUCUCAAUUGGAUUCUCUAAACGAUAAAUUUAAGAUCUAUACAGUCGAAAGGUCAAAUAUGAAGACUGAUCAUCAAGCCCUAGAACAGAAUGCACAAAUCCUCACUGAAAAACUCGCUCAUUCUGAUUCUAUGCUGAAAAUACAUAUUGACGAAAAAGAAAAACUUGCCACAGAGCUUUCUAGCCUUCGCUUAUCUUUCGGUCAGCUACAGUGUUUGCUAAGUAAGACUGAAGAUUUGCAAAAUGGAAAUGAAGUUGAAUCAUUCAACGAAGAUUCUGGUAGUAAAGCUAAGUUAGGAGAUGUUUCGGAUGUGUUUUUCGAAAGCAAUCCAAGUUUUCAAAAGACUCUCAAUGAAGCAGAAAAUAUAGCGUCUUCCACUAAAGCUUCUGAGUGUUCCUCUAGCUCUUCUUCACUGAUGUCAUCUAAGAGUUCCGUUUCUGACGUCGCUUUAAAGCCCAUCGGUACCCAAGAUACAGGAAUCGAGAAGCGGAUCGAUACUGAAGACAGCGAAGUGAUGGAUCAGCUCAAUCUACCUGAAAAGGGCUCAUUGCUGAAUUUUGGUCGUAGAAACCUGGAAGAAUUAUCUUUGAAAUUAAGAAAUUCAAGUUUCCUUGAAGAUCAGUGUGUUCAUUUCCUGUUAACAACGCACCAAUUUCAAGAAGCUGUUGCAAAUGACUGGAGCAUCAAACAAAUUCCGGGUCUAUCAGUUUCCCACAAUCUACGUUUGAGCAUUGAUGCGACAGGUGUUGAUAUUUCUAAACAGAGUGGACAGAUAACCAACGCUGGUAUAACCCACCAGCAAACUGAAACUUUACCAGAGCAAACAGGGAAACCCCCUUCAAAGGACGCUAAUGAAAUGAGCGAGUUGAAACAUGAAACUACCGUCAAACCUUUAGUUCCUUUAUUAAUAAUUAGUGAAAAUGAUCAGAAAAAUAGGAUAGCAGUUGAAACAUUAACUGGUGUACGACUUGAUGCUCCUGAAACUUCCGAAAGCAUUAAAAAUAUUUAUUCUUCAACUAACAAGGAACACUCCGAGUAUCGACGGGAGGCGGACAAUGAAACUGCUAAAACCGUUAGAAGUCCUGUAUCAUUUCGUUUAGGAAGUUUUGAUACAGAAUUGAACAAGGACGAUAAUACUAACGCCGUUUCUAUUGAGGCUCAGAAACCUAGAAUCCAGAACAACCGUUCGAGUGAAGACAAUGGAGUGGAAUUAGCCAGUACAAAAAGUACUGCUUCCUUACUUUCACAUGACAGUAACACGUACAAAAAAGAUUAUUUUUUAAAGAGAAGAUCCUCCAGCUUUUCGAGCCGUUAUCCGAUCACUCGUCGAAGUUUGACGUUAUAUGAAGCAUCUAAAGACGAACCUCACAACAUUCGUUUAAAUACUGCUGUGCCACGAAGAUCUUUGAGUGUUUCAAAAGAUAAGAGCAUUCAAUGCUCGAUUAACGGAAGGACCGUCUAUCCCAAAACAAGACCCUCCAGGGAUUAUGACUGGGAUCAAUGGAGCAAGUUGAUGUCUAAUAAUAGUGUGCAACGCCUUUCUAGGUCCAGAAGUCUUGUUUUACCCCGUCGAAGCUUUAGUUUUGCUCAGUCUAUCCCUGAAGUCAUCAGUAAUUCUGAAGAGACCCCGUAUUCUCCGGCAAUUAUCGAAGAUACUAAUCAACUUAGAAGAAGAAAUUAUGGUAUGCCGUCAUGGUUUUUAAAAGCUUCUCCGGCUCCUUCCAUGUUUUCUCUCUCAGAGAAAGGAGAAACUGCUUCUUCCCAAUCUGAUAAUGGUGAACCUUAUCAAAGAAUGGCAAGCAAUCAAAGGAAGGAUAAACAGGUUGUGCGGGAUAGUGAAACUCGUUUCACAGGUAAGAUGGGCGCGGUUUCCGUGAUUCCUUUGCGUAAAGGAGCUAAAGAGCAAGACAAAUCUCUAGACUUCUUGCAAGGUAUAAGUGAACAACUGGCGCAUGUUAUGAUUGGUGACUAUAUUUUCAAAUAUAAACGUAACAAGUUUGCAAAAUUCUUUACAAAGCCAAUGCAUCUACGAUACGCAUGGAUCCAUCCCUACCAGGAACGAUUGUACUGGUCUAAAAUCAAUCCUUUCAUUGGAAUCAAUAAAAGAACUGAGAUAAAAUCAGUUAAAAUAAUUGGAUUUGAUACUGUUUCUGAGAGUUAUUUGGAGGAUCCUGAUGUUGUAUAUAAUCGAAGCAUUAUAGUACUAACGGAUGAAAAGCCCGUAAAAAUAGCUGCUCGAUCCAAAGCAAUUCAUGAAGUGUGGCUCAAAGCAUUUAGAGAUUUGAAGAUUCGUAAAAAUGCUACAAAUUCGGAAUUGCUUCUCAAACAAAAUGAUAAGCCUCGUUUUAAUAAGCUUAUGAAACCCAAUAAUCCCGACAAAUAG